CCGAUGGCGUAUAAGUGCCCGUGCUGCAGCCGCCUCGCCAAGAAAACUUUGGAUGUAGGCACUUGUAAUAAAUUCAGGAACAUGUCUGUGCUCAUCCACGGCGGCAGUACAACGUCAGCCAGUCCGCGGCGCAUUACGCGGCGUUUGCGACAUCAGCGUUCCCGCUCAUACUAGUCACAGCACACGAACCUCGCCCUGAGUAUUUCACCACUCUCAUCAAGACGCAGUUUCAGCAGGAGUACAAUCUUCUGAAUGCUAUGUACUACUCGUACGAUAUCCCCCUGACCGUGCGAGGCUGGGAAAACAUCCAAACGAUAACAGCACAGGCGCGGAUGUGGCAGGCAGGGAAGAAACACCUCAGCCCGAUGUUGCUACUUUCCAUUGAGUGCCACAGUGACCCGGACACCGGCUUUGUGACGUUCCGCUGCAACACAAACACGCGUGCGCUCAACAGCCCGGUCAACAGGGUUGCGGCGCUGCUGUUGGGUGACAUCUGGAACGAACUGCCGAAGAUGCUGGGGCUACGCGGUCUGGUGAUUGGUGCAUGCGGAUACGUCGUCACAAACGCCCAACACGAGGCAAUGCUUCGAACUUUGGUUGCGGAAAACCGGUUCAACUUUGUCCUAUCGUUUCUCACGACUGGGCUCGUUGUCCAGACGGCCGGUGCACUCUUGCUGGCGUUCUUGCGCAAGGUGUACAUGCAAAAGGUGUCCGUCGAGGCUGCAGCGCUGGAGUCUUUCCUCCAUGAUCGUGUCUUCAUGCUGACGGUCGGGCUGCACCUGACGUGGGCCGACAACGGCGGCCAGCUGCAGCAAUACGCUUACAGCCAGGGCACAGCCAGUCGGGCGUGGGGAAUUGACUUUGUCUGCCCAAAUCCAAGUUGCCCUGGCAGUACGGCGGACGUCCGCCCUCGCAUACACAAGCGGGCAUCGAAAGUGUCCCCUACCUUCAAGUUCCGCUGCCAAUCGUGCAAGAAGGUGUCUGUCGACUACGUCAAGAUGCCGGAUUGGGUCUCCGUCGUCGACGAGAGCCGGCUCGUGUUCCGGUACCCGAUGCUGGUUAACGGUGCGCCUGCAUCGUGCUACCUCAUUGGAAAGGUGGACAUGGUUGAUUGGGCUCCAGGAGCAAAGGUCGCCGAUGCCCUGGAUGUUGAUUAGUUAGCACGCACAGUAUUGGAACCUUUUGUAAGUACCACAUACGAAAUGCAGUUGCCGACUCGCUCGCUUGUCUGAUG